AUGAAGAAGGAAGAAGUUUUGGUUUCAUUGAUGAACAAAUGCAGCACCACCCUCAAAACAUCCAAGCAAAUUCACGCUCAUCUCUACGUUACAGGCCUUCACACUCAUCCCUUCUUCUUCGGCAAACUCCUUCUCCAAUGCGCAACCUCCAUCUCCGACCAUGCUCUCCAGUACACCCUCCGUCUCUUCCAUCACUUCCCCAACCCCGACACUUUCAUGUACAACACCCUCAUCCGUUCACUCUCUCAUUCCCCUACCCCUCUCACUUCCAUCCAACCCUUCAUCCAUUUACUUCGCCACCCCACUCUCAUCCCGGAUAGCUUUUCCUUCGCUUUCGCACUCAAAGGGGUUGCUAACUAUGGUUUCUUGAAGAGACAAGGGAUUCAGCUACACUCUCAGGCUUUCCGUCAUGGACUUGAAGAUCAUAUAUUUGUUGGAACAACUUUGAUUAGUAUGUAUGCUGAAUGUGGGUGUUAUGGGUCUGCAAGGAAGGUGUUUGAGGAAAUGUCUCAACCGAAUGUUGUCGCGUGGAAUGCUGUUGUUACUGCUUGUUUUAGGGGUGGCCAUAUGGAGGGUGCUUGGGAUUUGUUUCAAAGGAUGCCUAUUAGGAAUUUGACUUCUUGGAAUGUGAUGCUUGCGGGUUAUGUUAAAGGCGGUGAGCUUGGGUUUGCAAGAAGAGUUUUUUCUGAAAUGCCCAUGAGAGAUGAUGUUUCUUGGAGUACUAUGAUUGUUGGGUUUGCGCAAGGUGGGUCUUUUGAUGAUUCUUUUGGGCUUUUUAGGGAGUUGCUGAGGGAGGGAAUUAGGCCGAGUGAGGUUAGUCUCACUGGGGUUUUAUCGGCUUGUGCGCAGGCUGGGGCCUUUGAGUUUGGUAAGAUUUUGCAUGGGUUUAUGGAGAAAGCUGGGUUUCUUUGUAUUGUUUCGGUUAAUAAUGCUCUUAUUGAUACUUACUCCAAGUGUGGAAAUGUUGAUAUGGCUAAGAUGGUCUUUCAAAAUAUGUCUGUUGUGAAGUGUAUUGUGUCUUGGACAUCUAUGAUAGCAGCAUUUGCGAUGCAUGGUCGUGGAGAUGAGGCUAUUCGACUUUUUCAUGAAAUGGAAAAGUCUGGAGUUACACCGGACGGUGUCACGUUCAUAUCUCUUCUUUAUGCUUGUAGCCAUAGUGGUUUGGUUGAUCAAGGGUGUGCUUUGUUUUCUAAGAUGAAGGAUUUGUAUGAAAUUGAACCUGCCAUUGAGCAUUAUGGUUGUAUGGUUGAUCUGUAUGGUCGAGCUGCUAGGUUGCAGGAGGCUUAUGAAUUUAUAUGUCAGAUGCCAAUUUCGCCUAAUGCAAUCAUUUGGAGGACCCUCCUCGGGGCUUGUAGCAUUCAUGGUAACAUUGAAUUGGCAGAGCUUGUGAAAGCAAGGCUUGCUGAAAUGGAUCCAAACAACUCUAGUGACCAUGUACUGCUCUCAAAUGUUUAUGCGGUUGCAGGGAAAUGGAAGGAUGUUGCUGGCAUAAGAAGAGCAAUGAUUGAGAAGAGCAUGAAAAAAACUCCUGGUUGGAGUAUGAUUGAAAUUGAUAAGGUCAUUUAUGGUUUUGUGGCAGGUGAAAAGCCUAACGAGGUUACCGAAGAGGCCCAUGAUAAACUGAGAGAAAUAAUGUUGAAACUCAGAACAGAAGAAGGUUAUGCGCCUCAGGUAAGGAGUGUUUUACAUGAUAUUGAAGAGGAAGAAAAAGAAGAUUCAGUAUCCAAGCACAGUGAGAAGCUUGCGGCAGCUUUUGGAAUAGCAAAACUUCCUAAAGGAAGGGUUUUGAGAAUAGUGAAGAACCUGAGAGUUUGCGGGGACUGCCAUACUGUAAUGAAGCUGAUUUCUAAAGUUUAUCAAGUAGAAAUCAUUGUGAGAGAUAGAAAUCGCUUUCACUCAUUCAAAGAUGGAUUUUGUUCCUGCAGAGAUUACUGGUGA